UGGUUUGUGGUCCUUCCCAAAGGUGGAUGGAGAAGCAAGCGCGGUUUCCACCUGUUGCUACCCUUCCCCUGUUGCUGCACUCACCCCGCCACUGGGGUUUGACGGCUGGGUCACGGGGAACGACGGGCAGGGACCUCAACCCCUGCCAUGGAUGAAGGUGGCUCCCGCAUCCGCCGGCGGGUGUUGGUCCGCAAAAGGAACCGUCCUAGCCUAGAGAAUGUUGUAGCCACCCCCACCGCGGCCGAGCUUAAGCCCAGCGAUGAGGGGGAGGACGAGGAGAUGGUGGCUGGGAGCCGGCGGCGGAAAACUGUGGACGUGCAGCCGGUCGAGAAUAUUGACAGUGAAGAGGACAUGUUUGGUGACCAUGAUAGCUUUGCUGAAAACUCUUUUUUAGCUCAAGUUGAUGACCUGGAACAAAAAUAUUUGCAACUUCCUGAACAUAGGAAACAUGCUACAGACCAUGCCACUGAGGAUCUUUGUUCAGAAAGCAUUACACCCAACACACUCAGCAUUGCUACUGUAGGCGGCUGUACUGAAUUAAAAAUAGAUGAGCACACAAAGAACCAGAGCGGGCAUGAAGAUGUCCCUAUUGAACCUGAAGCUGAUAUUUUGUACAGUGUACCUUCUUCACAAGUUUUAUUCUUUAAAAAUUUACACAGCUCUUCAGAUGAUUUGGUUGAUCCAUCUACUGAAGAGAGGAAUGGGAACUCAUCCUCUCACGAGACUGUGAAUCAGGAAUUGCCCAUUAAUAGCAUAGAGCAACCCCAGCAAACUGAUAAAUCCUCUUCUAAAGUCAGAACUAGUUCAGGUGUGAACAGAAGAAAAAGUCUUAAAGAUCAUCUAAAAAGUGCCAUGACUGGAAAUGCCAAGGCCCAAACACCAAUAUUUUCUAGGACUAAACAGCUCAAAGAGACUCUCUUAUCUGAAGAAAUUAAUGUUGCUAAGAAAACAAUUGAGUCAUCAUCAGAUGACAUUGGUCCUUUUUAUUCAUUACCCAGCAAAGUGAGAGACCUUUAUGUUCAGUUCAAGGGAAUUGAAAAAUUAUAUGAAUGGCAACAUACUUGCUUAACAUUGAAUUCUAUGCAAGAAAGAAAAAACUUAAUAUAUUCCUUGCCAACAAGUGGUGGUAAAACCCUCGUGGCUGAGAUUUUAAUGCUACAAGAACUGCUUUGCCGGCGAAAAGAUGUUUUAAUGAUCCUACCAUAUGUGGCAAUUGUUCAAGAAAAGAUUUCAGGUUUGUCAAGUUUUGGUAUAGAACUGGGAUUCUUUGUUGAAGAAUACGCUGGAAGCAAAGGAAAAUUUCCUCCAAUUAAAAGAAGGGAGAAGAAAUCACUAUAUAUUGCCACAAUUGAAAAAGGACAUAGUCUGGUGAACUCCUUGAUUGAAACUGGAAGGAUUAGCAGUCUCGGUCUGGUUGUUGUAGAUGAGUUGCACAUGAUUGGUGAAGGAAGCCGUGGGGCUAUACUGGAAAUGACUCUAGCAAAAAUCCUCUACACUAGCAAAACAACUCAAAUUAUUGGUAUGAGUGCAACAUUAAAUAAUGUUGAAGACCUGCAAGAGUUCCUGCAAGCAGAAUAUUAUACCAGUCAAUUUAGACCAGUUGAAUUAAAAGAAUAUCUGAAAAUAAACAAUGCAAUAUAUGAGGUUGACAGCAAAGCUGAGAAUGGCAUGACUUUUUCACGUCUCCUUAAUUAUAAGUAUUCUGAUUCUCUGAGAAAGAUGGAUCCUGAUCACUUGGUAGCACUGGUGACAGAAGUUAUUCCCAAUUAUUCCUGCUUAGUUUUUUGUCCCACUAAGAAGAACUGUGAAAACGUAGCAGAAAUGAUAUGCAAACUUUUAAGCAAGGAAUAUCUGAAAUACAAAGAGAAAGAAAAACUCGAGGUGAUUAAGAACUUGAAGAAUAUCAGCGGUGGCAACCUGUGUCCUGUUUUAAAGCACACCAUCCCAUUUGGAGUAGCUUAUCACCAUAGUGGUUUAACGAGCGAUGAAAGGAAGCUCUUGGAGGAGGCCUACUCCACAGGAGUUCUCUGCCUUUUUACCUGCACAUCCACCCUAGCAGCAGGUGUUAACCUACCAGCUCGAAGAGUUAUUUUAAGAGCCCCCUAUGUUGCUAAGGAAUUUUUGAAGAGGAAUCAAUAUAAACAGAUGAUUGGCAGAGCUGGCCGUGCUGGAAUAGAUUCUAUUGGGGAGAGUAUCCUUAUAUUGCAAGAAAAAGACAAGCAACAGGUAUUGGAGUUAAUAAGCAGACCAUUGGAAAACUGUUAUAGCCAUCUUGUUCAGGAAUUCACCAAGGGAAUCCAAACUUUGCUUCUCUCUUUGAUUGGUUUGAAGAUUGCAACAAAUCUUGGUGACAUAUAUCACUUUAUGAGUGGUACAUUUUUUGGUGUUCAGCAAAAGAUUUUGUUGAAAGAAAAAAGUCUCUGGGAAAUAACUGUCGAAUCACUUAGAUACUUGACAGAAAAAGGACUCCUACAAAAAGACACGAUUUUGACAGAAAAAAGACUUCUACGAAAAGAUACUAUCUAUGGGUCUGAAGAAGCGUUCCAAUAUAGUUUCCAUAUUACAAAGUUGGGACGAGCUUCUUUUAAGGGAACUAUAGAUUUGGCUUAUUGUGAUAUUCUCUACAGAGACUUGAAGAAAGGUCUCGAAGGACUUGUGCUUGAAAGCCUUCUUCAUCUAAUUUACCUAACAACUCCCUAUGAUAUGGCUUCUCAGUGUGACCCUAAUUGGAUGAUAUACUUCCAGCAGUUUAACCAUCUCAGUCCAGCAGAACAAAAUGUGGCUGCUGUGGUUGGAGUCUCUGAGAACUUUAUUGGGAAGAAAGCAUCAGGUCAAGCCAUCAGGAAGAAGGUGGAUAAGAACAUUGUCAACAGACUAUACCUGUCUUUUGUUCUUUAUACCUUACUCAAAGAGACCAACAUUUGGAGUGUGUCUGAAAAAUUUAAUAUGCCUCGAGGAUAUAUACAAAGCCUUCUCUCUGGAGCUGCCGCGUUCUCCUCUUGUGUGUUACAUUUCUGUGAGGAACUUGAGGAGUUCUGGGUUUAUAGAGCCCUUUUUGUAGAACUUACCAAGAAGUUGACUUACUGUGUAAAGGCAGAGCUAAUCCCUCUCAUGGAAGUGACUGGAGUUUUAGAGGGUCGAGCGAGACAGUUAUACAAUGCGGGAUAUAAAAGUCUAACGCAUUUAGCUAAUGCAAAUCCUGAAGUGCUGAUAAGGACAAUUGAUCAUUUAUCAAGACGCCAGGCCAAGCAAAUUGUUUCAUCAGCCAAGAUGCUAUUGCAUGAGAAAGCAGAGGCUUUGCAAGAAGAAGUGGAAGAGUUAUUGAGAUUGCCUUCUGAUUUCCCUGGUAUUGUGGCCUCUUCUGUUGAAAAGGUGUGAAGCUAUCUGAUGAGCAUUUUUAAGUAUGAAUUAUUUAUAGUACAGAUGUUUUAUUAAAGAUACCCUAUAAUGUAUAAGUGAAAAAAAUAUAUUUUAAUUAUAUAUUAAAAACUGUGGAUGAUGUUUGAAUAUUCCUCUCACCCACAAUUGCAUAAAUAAUUAUGCAUUAUUUCUCUGCUCAAAAAUCUGGUGUCCACCACAAAAUGAAAUCAACUUUCUCAAUAUAUCCCAGCAUACCUUUGUAGCCAGAUCUUUCAUUAUUGUCUUACCCAUUUCUUUCAUCAAAUUGGACUAUUUGAAAUCCCAGAAUUUUCACUGGGAUUUCCAAACCCUCUGUUUCCUAACUGCCUUUUGCUAUUCCCAGUGCAUGGAAAAUUAUCUUUAUUUUUUUGUUUGUUUUUAAAGAUUUAUUUUAUUAUUUAUUUAUUUAUUUUUGGCUGUGUUGGGUCUUCAUUGCUAUGCCCAGGCUAUCCCUAGUUGUAGUGAGAGGGGGCUACUCUCCAUUGCGGUGUGCAGGCUUCUCAUUGCAGUGGCUUCUCUUGUUGCAGAGCACGGGCUCUAGGCACUUGGGCUUCAGUAGUUGUGGCGUGUAGGCUCAGUAGUUGUGGCUUGCAGGCUCUAGAGCGCAGGCUCAGUAGUUGUGGAGCAUGUGGGAUCUUCCCAGACCAGGGAUCGAACCUGUGCCCCCUGCAUUGGCAGACAGAUUCUAUUUUUUUUGUUAAAUAUUAGUGCCUGACUUUUUUUUUUUUUUUUUUUUUUUUUGGCUUCAUUGGGUCUUCCUUGCUGCGUGCGGAGAGCAGGGGCUACUCUUCGAUGUGGUGUGCGGGCUGCUCAUUGCAGUGGCUUCUCUUGUUGCAGAGCACAGGCUCUAGGCUCCCAGGCUUCAGUAGUUGUGGCACGCGGGCUUAGUAGCUCCGCGGCAUGUGGCAUAUUCCCGGACCAGGGCUUGAACCUGUGUCCCGUGCAUUGGCAGGUGGAUUCUUAACCACUGCGCCUCCAGGGAAGCUCAGGAAAUUAUCUUUAAAAUGUACCAAAUAAGUUUCAACUAAAAAUGCUCGAAUACUGUCUUCUCUAAGGAAUUGUCCAAGUUCAACCUCCUCCCUACCCCAUACAUGGGUUCUUUCCAUUCCAUAAGUAUUGUGAGUCCCUCAUUUAUGCCCAUGCCUUUUUUUAAAAUUAAUUAAUUAAUUUUUAUUUAUUAGCUGCAUUGGGUCUUCAUUGCUGCACAUAGGCUUUCUCUAGUUGCCGCGAGUGGGGGCUACUCUUCGUUGUGGUGUGCAGGCUUCUCAUUGUGGUGGCUUCUCUUGUUGUGGAGCACGGGCUCUAGGCGUGUGGGCUUCAGUAGUUGUGGUGCACGGGCUUAGUUGCUCUACAGCAUGUGGGAAUCUUCCUGGACCAGGGAUCGAACCCAUGUCCCCUGCAUUGGCAGGCAGAUUCUUUUUUUUUUUCUUUUUAAAUCAGGCAUUUAUAAACAAGAAAGCAUACAUUAAUUACAUAAAAAUAGUUUUUGAAUAGUAGAGUAAGUCAUCCUAUUGUCAUUAGCAGCAGCAAAGGAGAGAGGGGACGGCAAUGCAGAAGCUCCUGGCGGGUACGAGGAUGGAGCUGUGGUUUUUUUCCUUAAUUGAAAAAAAAAGUGUUGUUUGUGACUCCUGGCAGGCGAAUUCUUAACCACUGUGCCACCAGGGAAGUCCCUGCCCAUGUCUUUUUUAAUGUGACUAGUUUGAAAUCUCCUGGAGGGCCAAGACUUUUGUUACCAUCCUUGUAUGCCACACAGCACCUACCACAGUUUACUACACAAAGUAAGAACCUCUGUGAAAAAUGAAUUCUACUCAAAUUAAUAAUUUAAAGAUUCUCUUUAAACACAACUUAAAUAUUGCCUCUCCCCACUCCCUUUUAAGAUUAAUAGCUCAAAUGUAGAUGACUAGUUAAACUGGAAAAGUAAUAACUAGCAGUAUUUAUAAGUACUGAACUAUUUAGUUAAAGUUUUCCUCACCUGUCUGAGAGACAUCCAUUGGAAACUUUGCAAAUAGAUCCACAGUCUAAGUUCUUUGUGCCUUAACAUUUUAGACCAUUAUAAUAUGGGCACACCUUGGAAAUACUGUAGGUUCAGUUCCAGACCACCACAAAAAACAAUUAUUGCAAUAAAGCAAGUCACAUGAAUUUUUUGGUUUCCCCAUGCAUAUAAAGCUAUGUUUACACUAUACUGUAGUCCCAUUAAGUCUAAAAUAAAAUAAUGUAUAUACCUUAAUAUAGCUUUAUUGCUAAAAAUGCUAACCAUCACAGCUAGCUCAUUUUCACUUUCUUGGUUUUUUUAUAAAUAUAUUUUUCAAAUUUCUACAAUGAAUAUAUGAAACUUUUAUAAUCAAAAAAAAAAAAAAUGCUAACCAUCAUCUUAGCCGUUAGUGAGUUGUAUGUAGUCUUUUUGCAAUAGUAACAUCAAAGAUCACUGAUCAUAGAUCACCAUAAAAAAUGUAAUAAUGAUGACAAAGUUUGAAAUAUUGUUAAAAUUACCACAGUGUGACAUAAAGACACAAAAUGAUCAAAUGCUGUUGGAAAAACACUGCCAAUAAAAUUAGAGUAACUUGCCCAAGGUCAUGUACUAUUAGUUGCAGAGCAGGGAUUCAGACCCAGGCAGUCCCAAUCUAAAGUCUGUGCACUUACAUGAAAAGCUGCUCAACAUCACUCAUUAUUAGAGAAAUGCAAAUCAAAACUACAAUGAGGUAUCACCUCACACCGGUUAGAAUGGGCAUCAUCAGAAAAUCUACAAACAGUAAAUGAUGGAGAGGGUGUGCAGAAAAGGGAACGCUCUUGCACUGUUGGUGGGAAUAUAAAUUGAUACAGCCAGUAUGGAAAACAGUAUGGAGGUUCCUUGCAAAACUAAAAAUAGAACUACCAUAUGACCCAGCAAUCCCACUGCUGGGCAUAUACCCAGAGAACACCAUAAUUCAAAAAGACACAUGCACUCCAGUGUUCAUUGCAGCACUAUUUACAAUAGCCAGGACAUGGAAGCAACCUAAAUGUCCAUCAACAGAUGAAUGGAUAAAAAAGAUGUGGUACAUACAUACAAUGGAAUAUUACUCAGCUGUAAAAAGCAAUGAAACUGGGACAUUUGUAGAGACAUGGAUGGACCUAGAGACUGUCAUACAGAGUGAAGUGAGUAAAAAAGAGAAAAACAAAUAUCGUAUAUUAACACAUAUAUGUGGACUAUAGAAAAAUGGUACAAAUCAACCGAUUUGCAAGGCAGAAAUAGAGACCCAGAUGUAGAGAACAAACAUAUGGACACCAAGUGGGGAAAGUGGGGAGGAUUGGUGGGGAAUGAAUUGGGAGACUGGGAUACCAAAUUGUACACUCUAAAUAUAUGCAGUUUAUUGUAAAAAAUAAAAAAUUAAAAAUAUAUAUAUAUAAAAAAAGUAGAUACCCAACAAGGACCUACUAUAUAGCACAGGGAACUAUAUUUAAUAUCUUUCAAUAGCUUAUAAUGCAUAAGAAUCUAAAAAAGAAUAUAUAUAUAUAUGUUAUAUGUGUGUGUGUGUAACUGAAUCACUUUGCUGUAUACCUGAAACUAACAAAACAUUGUAAAUCAACUAUACUUCAAUAAAACUUAAAAAAUAAAAUAAAAUAAAAGUCUGUGCACU